GGAAUGAUUAAAUUUGCCAGGAGAUAAAUGAAAGUAAGAAGAUAUCUGAUUCUAAGACAAGUUCAAAACAUCUAAAGUUCAGGAAUGAUUUAAUUUGCCGGUCGAUAAAUUAAGGUUGUUGUCUUUUGUCCAUUGUCAUGCCACGAGAUAACAAAGCUGAAAUCAUUGUCAGAGAAUUAUUUAUAUUCUUAAAAGAAAACCUAGAUUUUGAGUCAGAACAAGAUGACUUGAUACAAAGACAAUUAUUAGACCAGAAAGAAAAAGAAGACCACAUUUGUAAAGACCAGUGCAAAGCUUUUUGGUGUGAAAGAUAUCUCAAACUUUUAAUCAUGAAGAAAAGAUGUACCAAAUUUUUGGCAUUCAUUCACGACACACCAUCUCAUAGACGUAUUUCCUGGACAAUUAUUUCAAGAGAAAAUGAAGACAUGAACAAGUUACAGACAAGGGUCUAUGCACAGAGAUUUCGUCUUACUUUAACGUUUGAGCUGCUACAGAAACAUAUAUAUUUUCUGUACACGGAGCUUGAACCGCGUGAAAUUGCAGAUUUAAUGUUCCAGUCUGGUUACAUUUCCUGUAAUGAUCAUGAUUCUAUUACGGACAGUCAACAAAAAUAUGUACGGUUUAAGAGUCUUUUGGAUAUAUUAGAAGAAAAAGCACUGUAUUCACAAUUUGUGAAUACAUUACAAGCCUGCAUGAAGUAUAGAUCAGUGCUGCAAACAUUACAAGAGGAUAGAAAACCAGACCUCACCCCUUGUGAGUGUGCUCUGUGCAUACAGCACAACUUUACUCUUCUUCAAAAGGAACUUCCUGAUGCUGAUUGUACCUCAGCUAUUAUGGACAAUUUGUUCGAUAAAACAAACCUUUACGACAUUGAUCAUUGUAAAGGAAAAAUACGCAAAAAAUCAAAGCUUUUGAAAAUACUGUUGAUAAAAGGCAUUCCUGCUUGCAUUGAACUUUUCAACGUGAUCGAAACAAAUUUGAAGAGAGUUGAUGUGAUUGAUAAAAUGAAGACACGGAGAGAUGAUAUAAAUUCAAGGGGUAGGCCUGAUUUAUCUCAUCUUAAGCGCCUCAGCACAUCUUGUCUUCAGGAACAAAAAGAAUUUUUACUUAACGAGCUGGAACCUAUAGAUAUUUGUGACUUUUUGUUCGAAGAGAGAGCAAUAGAAAUUAUGACCCAUGACAAAAUAACAGAGACAGGAGAACGACGACAGCAAGUAAAGGAUCUGUUACAAACCUUGCAGCAAAAUGAAAACGACUGUUUCCACUAUUUUCUGUACAUUCUUGAAAAGAACGAGUUUAUUGAUAUUCGCAAUGAAUUGGCGAGCCAACCUGAAGCUGUACGCGAAGAAAUAAUGGAACAAUCGGAUUGGAAAUUGACACACAUAGUUGAAAAAGUAACAGACGAUCCAAAAGACGAUCCGAUAGAACUGCGGUUGACAAUUAAAGGUCGUAAUGCCGAAUGCGUGGAACGGGAUUUAUUCAAACAACUUGAGUCUUCUGAUCCUGGACCUUGCCAGUUGACCAUGGUAUAUGGACAUAUGGAUAUUGAGAAUGUUUCUUGUGGCUCUGUGGUUCUUCAGUUAAGACCUCUGACUGACAACGCUGUUAAAACCUUGCUUGAUGCCAAGAAAAACAAUAACUUAGUUGAAAUAGUAUUUGGAAUGCUGAAGAACAUUAAAAUUGCUGACAAAAUGGAUAAAACAGAACCAGUGGAAAUUAAGGUGCAGGUCUGUUAUGCUAAUCCAACAAAAGGAAACCCUGUGCAUGAAAAUCCAGAAGCAAGGGAUGCAGAACAGAUUAAACACCGUUUAAAAGCUUACAGGAACAAACUUAUCUCUGAUGUUGAACCCAGUGCUUUAGCCUCUGUAUUAUCAAAAUCUUUUCCAAAAAGUGAAUUUGACUCAGUUGAUAAAGCUGGUAGCUGUCCAAGAAGAGUUGAACGUUUGUUAUCGUUGGUUGAGAAGGGAGAACCUAAUGUUGUCAAAGGGUUUGUGACAGUCCUAAAGAAUUUUGGUUACCAUGACAUUGUACAGUUAAUAGAUCCUCCUGAGAUUUGCCAGACAGCAAAACAUAUUAGGAAAAAGAUAGCACAUAAUUUCAAUAGACUACUUGAAGAAAUGCAGAUGACGUUUGCAAGAGAAACACUAUCAAAUUGCAUAGGGGAUACUGAUGGGAUAACACAACAGAUUCUACCAAAAAAUGGAAAUCGCAGACAAAGGAUGAGUAGUUUCCUGCAGUUCAUUCUUAAAGACGACCACAAUGUAAUUGAAUUUGAAAAAAUGCUAAAACAUAAUGGUUUAGAAAAACUGCUGGAAAUGAGUGAAAAUGACCAAGAACAGCUUGUGUCUUCACAGAAUAUAGAGGUGAUAAUUGUUCAAGACCCAAAAUCAUCAUCUUUAGAAAUAUUGUUUGAGUCUGUUAUCACCUUGUCAUAUACGGUCCUCCCUGCAACAUACAUGAAAGAAUUGACCAUGGACCUCCAGGAUGUGGUGCGUUGUGAUGUGUGUGAUAGUCCUGUCCCCCCACUACACUGUGACUUCUGUCAGAUCAAUCUCUGCAAAGCUUGUGUUGGGCAUCAUUUGUUGGAUGAAUCUAGAAAACAUCAGGUUGUUCCGUUCAAACAUCGAACAUAACCUGGAUUUAUCUAAAAAACAUAACGUGGUUCCGUUUAAAGACCGAAGAUCUAUUCAAAAUUAUCCUUACUGUUCAAAACAUAACAAUGAGCUGUGUAAACAAUUUUGUGAACAAUGUGACAUUUCUCUGUGUUCUUUUUGU